AGAAGUCCGCCCGACGCGCCAGUCACUCCGCACGCUCAGAGAACGACGCACGCUAACAAACACAAAUCGCCGCGAAAUACAUCGAUCUUGUUUGGAACUCGCAAAACAAAGUUUGUAAACAAAUUCGGUAAACAUUAUGAGAUCGUAGUCCCUCGCUACGAUGUCUUUCUGCAGAAUAACGGGGCGCAGCAGGGGGCUGCCCAAGCCCAAUUAUUUUCCGCUUUUGGCGCCUAUUUCGCCCGCGGAUGCGAAGAGAUGCUGCAGGAUCACCGGCAAGUCCUACGGCCUACCAACUCACCACUACAUUCCAGUACUAUUGACGGCCCGCUCGGGCAAAAAUAAGUGCAAAAUUACAAACGUCUCCGGCGAACUUGGACCGCACCACUACUCGCCCGAAAUCAAUUAUGGAAAUAGAAAGCAUGUGGUGCUGCCCGACUUCAGAUACAUUUUCCCGGUUUUGGACGGCUCGACCGAAGCGCAGCGGGGUUUGAUUGAUAUGCUCUCGACGAAACAGGUGGUCGAAGAUAAGAGAUAUGUGUAUACGGUUCAAGAAAGGAAGUGCAGUUUAGUUUUUUCGGCGCGCAUGGAGGCCGCAGUUCGUGAUGGUGACGUUCGAGACGUGAUGCUGGCUAAGGACUCCGAUACCGUGCUUAUAAAAAUGAAACAGGGCCGAAGUGUUUCGAUGGACUUUAAAGAUUUCACGGAGGAUGUAGAAAUGUUUGAAGGUGAGGGGCCUAGCGCAGAAGUAUUGAAACAAAGGGAGAUGGAAGAAUUAGAGGAGAAGAAAAAGAAAAGAAAACGCGCAGCGGGACUUUCGUCGAUGAAGAAGAUUUUUGAAAAUAAAGAAAUUUUAGCUGAGGAGCAGGAAUUGGUAGAAGAAAAAUUACGCCAGGAACGUUUGGCGAAGAAAGCUAAAUUAGAAGAAAUAAAACAUGAAAAGUGUGACUUAAAAAGUUAUUCCUCUAAGAAAUUCAGUGCAAAACAUAUGCGUUCUAAAUCGAGUAUCAUUGCAUGCAGUGAGGAAUGGAGAGAUCAAAUGCAUCCUCUCAUUGAAACUUGGGACCAAAAUGUUUUUGAAGUGGAUAAAAGCUACGAAGUCAUUAAAUCGAGUAUAACUGAACUUCCUCAACCUGUAAAUAUUGCGCCAUAUCAUUGCGAUAGUCCUGAAAUAUAUGAAAUUGACAAAAAUAUUAGUGAGGUGUCUGUAUCUCUUGAUAGUGUGCCCUGUGUCAAUCCACUAAAAUAUGUUAAAUCGAGGCCCUCACAAGUUGUUCUAGAAGGUGUGAAAGAGCUUACCAAUGAACGCUUAGAUGAAACUUCAAAUGUGUCUGAAAAACUUUUAGAAGCUAACAAACUUGAGAUGCUUCCUACUUUAGAAACUUUGCCAGACGUUGUCAAAAAUAUAAGAAAGGGUAAAAAAGAAAAAUUGGCUAAAGUUGCAGGCCUCACGGUUGAUAUAAAUAAGGCCAAAAAGUUUGUUCCGGGUCAACACAUCAAUACACCACAAGGCCCAGUUUUUGUUCCAGGACAAACUGUGGAUACACCUGCUGGUCCUGUAUUUGUUCCUGGUUUAACUGUAAACACGCCUCUGGGUCCGGCACUUCUGUCAGGUCACAUUGUUGACAUGGAAGGUACAAAUGAACCUUUCUUUUUAGCUGGACAAGUUUUGAAAACACAAAAUGGCGAAGAGUUUGUUUGCGGACAAACAGUGAAAAAUAAAGAUCAGUCCUAUAAAUUUGUUGAAGGACAGACCGUUGUCUCAGAAGAGGGAUUAAAAUUCAUCCCUGGAAAAAUCUUACACCACGAUUCUGAAGAAGUGUUCGUUCCUGGGCAAACUAUUAUGACACCAGAAGGCGUACAAUUUGUACCUGGUCAAACGAUAACAGAAAAUAAUGGAGUAAUAUUUACCCCUGGACAGAAUGCAAAAAUAAACAAUGAGUGGCAGUUCGUACCGGGCCAGGUUAUACAGCAUGAUGACAAAAUAGAAUUUGUCCCAGGCGCUACUUUGGCAACUCCAAAUGGACUGAAAUUUGUCCCGGGUCAAACUGUAUCAACUAAUGGUGAAAUUACCUUCGUUCCGGGAAUAUCAAGAAUGGAGAAUGAUAUCUUACAGUUCGUACCAGGUACAACAGUAGAAACUGUUGAUGGACCUAAAUUUAUGGAAGGUCAAAUAGUAAAUACGGAAUAUGGCCAAAAAUUCAUGCCAGGAAAAACCAUUGUGAAAGCUGAAGGCCAUGUAGAGUUUUCAGUGGCUAAAUCCAUCGAUGAAAUAUGUUUUACAGAAGAGACAGUCACUGGAUUACCUAUUGACAUAAAGAGCACCACAGUUUCAGAGGAAUCGCUUUAUGUAUUUGGACAUAUGAUACAAACAGCGAAAGGAAUAGAAUUUUACCCAGGAACCAAAGUUCCAGAUUUGGAGGGUAAAGUGGUUCCAGGUAGGCUUGUAAAAAGUGAAACAGCUCAAUCUCGUUUUGUACCCGGUAUGAUGAUUGAAGGAGUAUUCGUUCCUGGUCAAGUAGUUUUUACCGAAAAUGGAGAACAGUUUGUUCCAGGGCAAGUUGUUGAGACAGCAGAAGGUCCCAAGUUUGUUCCUGGACAAGUCGUAAAUACAAAAAGUGGACCAAAAUUCGUACCAGGUCAAACCAUACAUACAAUUGAUGGUCCUCGAUUUGUUCCUGGUCAAAUUAUUGAUACUAAAGCAGGACCUACAUUCAUUCCUGGACAAGUUAUAUACACAGAAGAUGAAGGAUCUAGAUUUGUCCCGGGACAAGUUGUCGAUACAGAUGAAGGACCCCGUUUUGUUCCUGGUCGAGUAGUUGAAACUGAUAAUCAAGGUGUUACUUUUGUACCGGGACAAAUAGUACAGACUCCCGAAGGACUCAAAUUCGUUGCACCUGACCUAAUUGAAGGUGAAGAAGGCCUUGAAUUUUCAGUUCAAAGCUUUGUUGUGACUCCUGAAGAACUCAAGCUUUUGAAAGUGAAAACUAAUCCCAAUGACACAACUUCGACAAAAGGGGAGCUCACCAUUGAUUCCAGCAUGUUUAAGCAACUUUCGGAAGCUGGAAUGUCUAUUGGAAGACAAGUUCCGACAGAUUUACCAGCAGUUCAGUUUAAAUUAUUGGAAACAAAAAAUACUGAAGCAUUGCAAGCUUUUGUUUCUGAGUUUGGCUUAAAAGAUGAUGUUGCCAAUCAACUUAUGGAAGUAAUCAAAAGUAUUAUUGGCAUGGGUGUACACAUAAAAUGUGACAUGGAAACUAAAAAUAUGGACCCAAAUAAAACCGAAGGAAAACGAGUACGAACAAAUAAGAAAACUUCAGAAGCAAAAAAUGUUUUAGAAGGUGCCCUUACAAACGAAGAAAUGGUUCGCCAAGAAAAUGUGAAAAAUUCUAUUGCAGCGGCUGUUCUCGCUGCAUUAGUAACUGCAGAACAGUUUGAGGAAAACAAAAAUAAUGGAAAAGAAAAAUACCAAUACAUUUUAAAAUCAAUUGACACCAUCUUAGGAAAAGCUAUAAAUGAAGAUUUAGUAUCAGCUAUGUAUAAAAUUUUACAAACAGAAGAAGAAAAAGAGAAUUUACGAGACGAAAUCUUGGAAAACACUUCACAACCAAAGGUAGAGCUAAUAAAAAUAGCACUAAAUGGUACACUACCCAACUUUUCUGUUUCAAACGAAGAAAUAGUCGAAAAAAUAAGCACAUUCUUAUGUACUGAAAACGAAGUUCUAGGAUUAGCUUUUAAAAAUAUUUCCAAAUAUGAUACAAAAUUAAUGCAGGAAGUAUUAGAGCAUAUUUCAAAUUCAAUUUCGUUUGUAAGUACCAAAAAUGAAGAUAUAGAAUCAAUUCAGCAAGUUAUCGUCUCUGCAAUACAAGAGGACAGUCAAAAAUCACUGGAGAAUGUACUAAAUAUUUCCGAACAAGGUGAAUUAAAAGAACUCAUCAGUCAGUCAAUAGGGCUAGCUAGAGUCCUAGGAAUGAGUGAUGCUGUAAAACACUUACAAAUCAUACUGAACGAUGACCAGAAUAUCUCUAAAAUUUCGGAAGAUACGAUGAGUAUGAAUAUACUAAAAAGACUGACAGUUAUGAAAAAACUCGCAGAUCAAUCGCCUAGCUUACAGUCUGCAAUAAGUAAGCUAGGUACGGAUUUAGAUCUAGCUCGAGUCGAUCCACAAUUAAGAGAGUUAGUUCGAGAGAGCGCCGCUCUGAUGAUUAUUCCUGAAAAAUCUCCAUUAUUGUCUUCAGAAGAGGUGCCAUUGAGUUUACUUCAACCCGAAAACAGCCUCGCUAUGGAAGAUUUCUUAUACCAACGCAAAACACGCUCGGGAGCACUACUCAUUAUGAAGAAAGGCUUACAAGCAGUCGUGCCCAGAGAAGCGAGUCGCUCAGUUCUAACGGGAGAGGUCGCAUACACAGUACUGGACGAAAACGGAAUAAGUCAUUUCGAACCUCUUCACGUAUUUUCCGCUCUUAAUCUUAGCACACCGACUGCGCAUCGUUUCAGCAUGUACAGCUGUCCCAUAGUCGAUAACGACGACGAGGACUUACAAACGUUCACUGGUUACUGCAACAUAAGCAACAACCAAAGGAUUACAAGACUGGGCGGUUGGAACAGGAGAUACAGCGGUGUUCUGUUAGACAGGGAGAACACUAGGUCCAGGAUGAGUUAUCUGGACAACACACCUAGUUACAGACGAUAUCCCUACCGGGAAACAGAAAGGGACUCCCUGUCAAGGUCUAGAUCGAGUUGUAGUAGAAGUCCUCCGAAGGUGGACGAUGUUGUAGUAGCGACUAGUGACUACACGGCGGCGGCAGACGACGAGGUCUCGAUAAAGGCCGGAGAUAUUGUCGAAGUUCUCGACACUAAGGCCGCCCUCGGAUCAAAGAACGAACGAAUCGAUUCCCUGGACGUGGAGGCGGACCUCCUGGAUGUGUCAGCAGCCAAGCACAAGCGGACAGUCCGCCCGCGCCGGAACCACCCCUCGAAACAGGCCAAACGAGCACCUGAUGCCAGAUGGCUGGUCCGCGUGGUGGAGGACGUGCAGGACGGGGAGCUGCGCACCCGCCAGGGCUACGUGCCCGCCAACCUGCUGAAGGAGAAACUGCCGGAGAGGGACAUGACGGCGCUGGCUGCGAGACGACAGGCCGUGGUUCGUGAGCUGAUCGAGACUGAGGAGGAGUUUGGGCGGGACAUGCAGCAGGUAGUGAACCAGUACAUGCGGCCGAUGGACAAGGCGACGACGCCGAAGCCGGUGUUCGACAACAGGGAGCUGCUGUUCUCCAACUUCAAGCAGAUCUGCGAGUUCCAUAACACGAGCCUUCUAGAAGGCAUCAAGUACUACGCUGGCGAGCCGCGCAUGCUCGGCCGCGCGCUGCUGCGCAUGGAGCGGGAAUUCGACAAACACGUCGCCUACUGCCGCGACGAGCCGCGAGCGCAGUACCUGCUGGCUGAAAACCCCGUUGUGGCGGAGUAUUUUCAGACUCUAGCGGACAAGCUCGGGGACGACAAAGGUCUGACGGAACACCUGAAGCUCCCCAUACAGCGGAUCAACGACUACCAGCUACUACUCAAGGAGCUAGUGAAAUACUCGCAGCGUUUAGGCGACGACUGCGCGGACCUUCAGAAGGCUCUCGAACUAUUCCUCGGCGUCCCCACGCGGGCCACCAACAACAAGUUCAUAGCUAGCAUCGAAGGCUACCGCGGGAACAUCUACAAGCUCGGUCGCCUGCUCACACACGACUGGUUCACCGUCGACGAGGGGAAGAUAAAAGACAGAUACCUCUUCCUCUUCAAAGCCCGGAUCUUGAUCUGCAAGGUCAAACGCGUUGGAGACGACAGAUCGGUGUUCGUGCUUAAGAAUAUUGUCAAGCUUCCCGAAGUCGAAGUCAAAGAUUAUCCAGGCACCACUCAGUUCGAGCUGCAUCAGAAGACUCAACCGGAAGUACUCGUACUAAACGCCCACAAGGAACACGUCAAAGCUGCGUGGCUGAAAGAGAUUAGACAGUACGCCACUGACGUUGUUGCAUUAGCAGAACACGCCGCUGACGAUCUUCAGAUACUAUCUCCACCACAAAUAUCAUCCCCUCCUCCCGAAGAAAAACGAAAGAGAGAUUCUACAGAAGAGGACGAACAGAGACAGGAGAAGAAAUCUCGGCUCGAGGAAACUGAAAUUGCUGAAGCCCUAAGUAAAGAAGAAGCUGUCCAACUACUUUCGACGAAAAGGAAAGCUUCUCUAGAAAGUGAUAUCGCGAAAAAAGUUGCCAAAGCCGAAGUUUCUGAAGUAUCGUCAGUUGCUGAGGUACAGGAGACAUUAUCUUCUCAUACUGUACAGAGUAACGUUGAAAUCGUUCAAGAAUUUAAAACAUUUUUAGCUGAAAGCACUGAAAGUCAAUCUAUUGUGCAAACUUGUGAAGCAGCGUCUAUAUCUAGUACCAAAGAAAAGAGCCAAACAAACCUAGAGCAACAAAUUUCAAUAUCGGAAUCAGAAGCAGCACAAUCAAUACAAAGCUCGCUAGAACAGCAAACGCAAAGAUCCAGCGUACAAGAAACUAGUCAAACUGAAGUUGUUUCUAAAUCUGAAUCAGCACAAACAGCAUCUGCUGCAGUAACAGAAACUAAAUCGGCUGAGACCUUUUCGGUUGAAAAACAAGACAAAGUUUCAAACGGUUCUUCUAAAAGGAAUUCAAAAAAAUCUACUGACGCAGCUAAGCCUGCCAAGGUACCAGAAGAAUCGUCACAGUUAAACACUAAUAAAACAGAUGUAAGCUUAGAUUCUAAAGAAACUAAGGAGUUUACAGUAGAGAAAAAGGAAUCUUCUGAAGUUGUUGAAAAAGCUGAAACAAAAUCUGAUUUUGAAAAAACUACAGAAAAAACUGAACUUUCUCUAGAAAAAGCAACUGUAGAAACAUCACAGGAAGAACAAGCCAAGGAAGUAAAAACAGAAAUAAGCAGUAGUGUUAUUAAAACUGACGAAUUAGUCACCCAAAUAUCCACCGAAAAGGAAGUAAAGUCAGAAGAUAAAACUUCUGAUAGCAAAAAAAGAUUAUCGGUGAAUGAUAAAUCAGAAGAAAAAACUGUAAGCCAAGAAAAAGCUGAAAGAGUUGAUUCAGUUACAGAAAAUCAAACCACUGUAACACAGGAAGUUGUUAGCGACAAAGUCACAACAGCACAAGCCGAAGUAACCCAGUCUUCAAAGCAGGUUAUAGAAGAGAGUCAAACUGCAACCGCAGGGGAAACCGCCGACGAAGAGAUGUCUAGAUAUAGCCGCAGUUCGCGGCUCUCUGGAGAAUACUCCAGCAGCACCAGCAGGCGCCUGUCGAGUGGCGGACGCUACGAGUCCUCCUCCACCUACGACACGUCCAGCGGCAUAGCCUCCUCCUACUCCAGGCGCCAGAGCGGCGCCAGAGUCGAGAGCGAGAUCACCCAAACCGGGGGAGCCAUCGAGGGCUCGACCCGCUACGAGUCCAAAUAUUCUUCCAGCAGAAUCGAGGGCGGAUCCAAAUAUGGAAUCGAAAGCUCCGUCGAGAGCGAGAGCAAGCUGGGCAGCAUCGCAUCCAAAUACGGAAUAACCGGCGGCUCCGACGCCACCGUUGAGGGCAGCUCCACCAAGUACUCCAUCGAGAGCACCUACGACGGCAACGACACGACCAGCAAAAUCGACAGCAUCGCGUCCAAGUACGGCCGCAACUCCAUCACGGACAGCAGCAGCGCCGAAACUCGCACCACCAAGCUCAAGGUCGACUCCGACGCCGCAUACGACGGCUCCGUCGAGACGAUGAGCAAGAUCGACAGCAUCGCCUCCAAGUACGGCCGCAACUCGAUCACCGAAAACGGCAAAUCCGAGAUUCGCUCGACGAGACUCAACAUCGAAAUGAGCUCCGACGGCGACAGCGUCGAGACCUCGUCCAACUUGCAAUCGAAGUACUCGAAGCGAGCCAACGGCGAGUCCGUUCAGGAGAGCGUGUUCACCAGCUCAAGCCUCUUCAACGGCUCCACGACCCCCGAAAAGAGCAGGGGCCGACCGAUUUUCAGCAAAACCCUCGAGGGGCAGAACAUCGAGCCCGGCGAGAACGCGACGUUCGAAUGCGUAGUGCAAGACUCGGUGGAGCGAGUGACCGUCACGUGGCUGAAGGACAACAAGCCGCUGACGGACCGGCUGAUGGACCGCGUGAACGUCGCGGCGGAGGGCGGCCGCCACCGCCUGCAGGUGCUGCACUGCCGUGAGGACGACACCGGCCUCUACACGGCGCGCGCCGAAAACGUAAAGGGCAACGCACACUGUACAGCACAGUUGGUCGUCCACGAGUUAACUCCAGAAGAAAGGAAGCAGAAAGCCGCUCUGAAUGCUCCAUAUUUCAUAGUAGCUCUGAAAGACACGGAGAUUUUGUUGAAUACGUAUUUGCGCUUCAUGGUCAAAGUCAAGGGCGACCCGAAUCCUGAUGUCAAAUUCUACCGCGACGGCAAAGAGAUCACAACCACGUCCGAGUCGGACCGCGUGUCUAUAGUCCGUAUCGGCGCCGAGCGCGGAUGCUAUGAGCUGGUCAUAGCUGAUGUGAACGCUAAUGACGCUGGCAAAUACUCCUGUAAAGCCAUCAAUAUCUAUGGCGAAUGCGAAUGCGAGGCCACUGUUGCUGUUGUUGAUGACAAGAACAUAUUCGGUGAGCUCCCACCCGGUGGAGAAGGUCUGUUAACAAAAGGAGAGAAGCCAGUGUUUAUUUGGAAAAAGGAUGGAAAAGAUUUCGAGCCCGAAGAGAGAUUCAAGGUUCUGCUAUGUGAUGAUGAAGAUUCUCUAGCUCUGGUCUUCCAACAUGUGAAGCCGGAAGAUGCUGGUCUGUACACGUGCGUCGCUAAAACCAGCACUGGAAACAUCUCCUGCUCCGCUGAACUUACUGUGCAAGGCGCAGUAAACGUCUUACAUCGUGAGCCUCAAAAGCCUCAGCUGGUGAUCGAGCAUCGCGAAGCCAUCGUCGCGAGCGGUGCAUCAGCUAUGCUGGAACUGGUGUGCAAGGGCUACCCUAAGCCCAACGUGGUGUUCAAACACGAGGGAAAACUCGUUGAAGCUGAUGCUAGACACAAGUUCCUCUAUGAAGACACUGAAAGUAUGUCACUGGUUAUCAAGAAUGUGACACAGGCUGAUGCUGGUGAAUACCAGGUGACAGCUUCCAACGAGCUCGGUGAAGACACGACCACCAUGAACCUCAUUGUCAAAGCCGCACCGAAGAUUAAGAAGAAGAUUGAAAACCAGACGUGCAUGGCUGGCAGCGAACAUACAGUGACCAUCCAAAUAGAGGGAACUCCUUCACCAGAUGUCACUUUCUACAAAGAUGGUGUGGAGAUCAAGAGCUCUGAACGUAUAGUGAUCGUGAAGGAAUCAGAGGAAAUAUAUAAGAUCACAAUCAAGGACGCUAAACUUACAGACACUGGGUCAUAUUCGGUUGUUGCUAAAAAUGAAAUCAACCAAUGUUCAGACUUCUGGCAAUGGAAUGUUACCUCGCCACCUAAAAUUAUCAAAACUUUGGGCUCUAAUAAAGUCUGCGAAGAGAAGGAAACUGUCACUUUCGAAGUGAGAACUGAGGCUGAACCGGCUCCUACCGUUACUUGGUUCAAGAACAAGACCGAAGAGGUCAAGGAAUCUUCUGUUAUCAAGAUAUCGUCUUCGGGAGAAUCUCACAAGAUGGUCAUCACAUCCGCCGAAAGAUCUGACGCUGGAGAAUACUCCUGUGAGAUACGCAACGUGCACGGCUCAGCUAGCGACAGCAGCAUACUGAACGUGCGAUGCGGGCCCGUGUUCACGCAGCGGCUCACCAACACCACCGCCAGGGAGGGAGACGUCAAUGUGGAAUUCACAGUUGAUGUCGAGGCCUUCCCUGAACCUACUGUUAAAUGGUACUUGGGUGACGUGGAAAUAACGGAAAAGAAGUCUAUCUACACGCGCGUGGACAACGGCAGCUCGCACAAGCUGAUCCUCAAGGAGGUGUCCGCGGAGCUGUCCGGCCAGUACACCUGCAAGGUCUCCAACGACCUCGGCUCCGACUCCUGCCAGGCUACAUUCACUGUCAAUAGGAAACCAAGAAUCACCAAGAGUCUAGUGGAUAUGACGGUGGACGCUGGACAAACUCUGAAGUUGGAAGUGGAGGUCGAAGGAUGUCCAGAACCGAGGAUUAAGUGGUACAAGGAUGGCAAGGAAGUCACCACUGAUGCGAGAAUCAGAAUAGAGAGAGAUACACAACGGUUGGAGAACUACAAUCUGACGGUAACACUUGUCAAAGAGGAAGAUGGUGGUGAUUAUGAAGUAAUAGCUGAGAAUGAGUUCGGCAGCGUGUCUUCAAAGAGUACGGUUACAGUACACACGAAAGAAGUACACUCGAGAUUCAAAAAAGAAACUGUAGCCGAAAACAUGGUAGAAGAUUUAGCGGAAGAAAAACAACCGGACGUACAGAACAUAGAAGAUAACAAAAACAAACUUAAAGCUAAAAAAUCAAUCUCCAUAGCAGAGAGCAUCGACGAAAAUGAUGGACGCGAUGGAAAAUCUAAAACAAAAACUGUUGUUAUUGAAGAAGUCAAUCAAAGUAUGUCAUACAAGGCUGAAAAGUCUACAUCAGAACCGGAAUCAGCAGAAGAAAAGUCAUUUUGGGAUGACAACGGUGAUGACGGAAGAUCGAAAACUAUAAAAGUAGAAAGCGUACAACAAUCUAUGAUGGCCCGUAAGACAAUAACACAGUCAGAAACGGUCGAAGAAAAGUCAUUUUGGGACGAUAAAGAUGAUGAUGAAAAAUCAAAACAAGCUAAAAUUGAAUUUGUAAGACAAUCUUCCAAAACAGCCAAUAAAUCUUUUACAGAACCAGAAGUAGCCGAGGAAAAGUCGUUUUGGGAUGAUAACGAUGAAAACAAAAAACCAAAGCAAGCCAAAGUUGAAUACGAUAGGCAAUCCUCGAAAACAGCAGAAAAAACUGUUAUAAAACCAGAAAUAGCUGAAGAAAAAUCAUUUUGGGAUAACGAUGAAAAUGAAAAACCGAAACAGGCUAAGAAGGACUAUGACAGACAAUCUUCUAAAACAGCUGAUAUCCUAAAAUCGGAAGUAGCUGAUGAAAAAUCAAUUUGGGAUGAUAAAGAUGAAGAUGAGAAGUCAAAACAAACUAAAAUUGAAUACGUUAGACAAACUUCUAAAUCGGCUAGCAAAUCUAUAACUGAGCCAGAAACGGCUGAGGAGAAGUCAUUUUGGGAUGACAAUGAUGAAGGGAAGCCAAAACAGACACAGGCUCAAUACAACAGACAAACUUCUAAGUCAGCAAGCAAAUCUGUUACAGAAGCAGAAACAGCAGAAGAAAAACCAUUUUCAGGUGACCAAGACGAUGGAAAGUCGAAACAGGCUAAUGUUGAAUAUGUAAGGCAGACUUCCAAAUCAGCUCAAAAAUCUGUUACUGAGCCAGAAACAACAGAAGAAAAAUCAUUUUGGGAUGAUCAGGAUGAUGGAAAGCCGAAACAGACUAAAGUGGAGUAUAUCAGACAGACUUCGAAGUCAGCGAGCAAAUCUGUUACCGAGCCAGAAACGGUUGAAGAAAGAUCCUUCUGGGAUGAACAAGAAGAUGGUAAGCCAAAACAGACACAAGUCGAAUAUAUCAGACAGACUUCAAAGUCAGCAAAUAAAUCUAUUACCGAACCAGAAACUGUAGAAGAGAAACCCUUCUGGGAUGACCAGGAAGAUGGAAAGCCAAAACAAACACAAGUUGAGUAUAUCAGGCAGACUUCUAAAUCAGCAAAAAAAUUGGUUACGGAAUCAGAAACUGCAGAAGAAAAAUCGUUUUGGGAUGAUCAUGGUGACGAUGGAAAGCCAAAACAGGUCAAAGUCGAUUAUGAUAGACAAUCUUCCAAAACGGCAGAAAAAUCAGUAACUAAACCAGAAUCAGUAACAGAAAAUGAGGCUGUAGAGAAUGUGGUUGUGCCGAUAAAAACUAAAAACUCCGCAGUACCGAAACUAGAGAGAGCUCAUUCAAUAGUUGAAACAAUAGAGCAGCAGGAGUCUAUUGAAACAGAAAACAUAUAUUUGAAAUCAGAAACGAGCGAAAAGAAAUCGGCUGGAAACGAUGGUGCCCGCGAUGUUCAGAUAGAGGAAGUGACUUUACCAUCUAAAGCAAAGAAGUCUUUAGGUGGAGCUGAAACUGCAGAAGACAAGUCUAUCUGGGACGAAAAUCAUAACGAACGCAAUAAGAAACCUUCAGUUCAAGAGGUUUCUUAUACCAUAGGAAAAGGUGAAAAACAUGUUACUGAACCAGAAGUCAUCGAAGACGUGUCAAUCGAUGUAGAACUAGCGGCACCAAAACGUAAACAAGUCAAGAAGGAAUCUGUUGUUGGUGAACCAAUGAGUGCUGAAACUGAAGGCCGAGUUUUUGAAACUGUAACAACGUUCAAGUCUGGUGAGGAUGGCUCAAUUAUCGUAUCUAAAGUUAGCAGUUCUCGAUCUCAUGGCGCCAUUAUAACAGGUCCAGCCGAAACGCGCACUAUACACAAAAUGACUUCGAAUAUAUACUAUGAUGAUGAUGACGAUGAGGAGUACGACGAAUUUUAUGACCGAAAAAUUAUUAAACCCAACAAACCACAUAAAACUUCUUUGGAAGUCGAGGAGAUAGCGAGUCAUAGCUACUAUUUAGCUGAGGUAGGCAAUUACGUAAUACCUGAUCACAUCAGACGGGGUACUUACGGUAUUAUAGAGGAACCUCAGACGGACUCUGAUGCCGAGUCAAGACACAGCAGACAAGUCGGUAAUAGGACCAUUUCCAUAAUGUCAGUCUCCGAAGAUGAAAUGAGUUGGCGAAACGAUUCGCUCUCACGAGAAAUUUCCAUCGAAGACCUCUCCAAAUCUAUAUUCGAUAUAGAUGAAACGAGAAAGGUUUUCAGUAAAGAUUCCUAUGUGCGGCAAUCUUCGUUCAAAGAAGAUUACAUCACAAACAAUGGAGACGAGGAAUCUUUGAUAUUGCGAGAGAAAAGUGAAAAGACGUUCGAAAACGACAUCACCGAGAAACUCAUCAGUAUAUCCAAGGAGUUCGACAGGGACAUAAUAAAGGAAAUCGAUGACAAAAUUGACGAUAUCCGAAAUAGAUUAGUUGAAGAAUUAGUUUUCGAACCGCUUCAUGCCAAAGACGUCAAAAAUAUUACUAAAGAUACAGCCGAGACUACCGUAGAAAAGAGAAAGAGGUUGAAAGGUGAACUGUUCAGCGUAGAAGAGGAGCCAGAUGAGGACUUAGAAGCGUUGUUAAAACGAAGCCAGAGACAGAGAAGCAUAUUAGAUGAUAUCCUCAAUGAGGAGGAGGAAAAAGCACCCCCAUCACUAAAGGAAAGCAGUUUGAAGGAUGGAUCCGUAUUCGAAUCACUACCACUAGUUUACACAGUCGAGGCGGUGGGAGCUCCCAAGCCCACCGUCCGCUGGCUGCACGGCGGGGAGGAGGUCAAGCAGGACGACAGGGUACACGUUGUCAAUGAGGGAAACUUGUACAAGCUGGUCAUAGACCACGUGGACUUGAAGGACGCGGGCAAGUGGCAGUGCGAGAUCGUCAACAAUCUCGGCAAGCAGGCGCUGCAGGCUGAGCUGACUGUCACACCCGUUGCUGAACUCCGCAAACCCAUAUUCAAGACGCCACUGGAAGCUCAACGCGUCAUGCAAAGAGAACCUGUAACUCUACAAGCUGUAUGCACAGCGGAUCCUCUGCCCCAUGUGUCUUGGUUACUGAACGGUAACCUCAUCAUACCUGACGCAACCAUCAAGAUCAGCGAGGACAGCAAGGAGCUGGAUCAUGGCAUCAAGGAGUGCACCUUCACACUGCAGAUUCCUACUGGUCGUCACGAGGACACGGGUGUAUAUACCGUCCAAGCCAAGAACACGUACGGUAUUGGCGAGAGCUCAGCCCGUCUGGACAUACUUCUGCGACCAGAAAUUGAGCCCCUCAAGGAUGUUACUGCAGUGCCUUACGAGGAGACCACCUUUAUCACCAAGAUCAAGGCCAACCCCGUCGCUGAAGUUAAAUGGAGCAAAGACGGCUACGUGAUCCAGCCGUCAGCCCGCGUGCAGAUCAAGGAGGACAAGGAGGCGGAGACCUACCAGCUCACGGUCAAGGACAUCGGCAUAGCUGACGCCGGCGUCUACACCGUCACCGCCACUAACGAGAUAGGGGAGAGCGCGCAGCAGGCGAAGCUUAUUGUGCAUACCGACGAGCCGGUAUUCACCAAGCCGCUCCAGAAACAGACAGUCAAGGACUUUGACGACGUCACUCUCGCGGUGCGCUGCGACGGCGUGCCCAAACCCGAGGUGCAGUGGUAUCUCGGCGGGAAGCGUAUUGAUGAUGAUGACCGACACAAGAUCACCACCACGGUGGAGGGGCAGGUGGACAGUCAGCUCGAGAUUAAGAACUUCAAUGCUAGCGAUGCGGGACAGUACAAAGUCCGUGCGGUCAGCGUAUCCGGCGAGGCGGAAUGCACCGCCAUGAUAUCCCUGGGUCAGUCGGCGCCGGGCUUCGUGCACAAGCUGGACCGACAGAGGGACGUGGACGAGGGAGAGCCUUUGGAGCUCAAAGCCAAGGUGGACGGCAGCCCUAUGCCUACUGCUAAGUGGUACAAAGACGGGGUGGAGCUAUCCCCCGACGACGCCCACGUCAAACAGACCGCCCUGCCCGACGGCACGGUGAAGCUGAGCAUAGAGCACGUGACGCCGGCCGACUGCGGUGCCUACAAGCUCGUCAUAUCCAACCCCAACGGCGACUACUCCGCGCUGUGCGCUGUGGCUGUUAACCCGACCCCGCGCAAGCCGUCGUUCACGCAAGAGCUAGAGGACACAAAGGCGGUGGUCGGCCAGCCGCUUAAGCUGGAGGCCAAGGUCAUGGCCUUCCCCGCGCCGGAGAUCAAGUGGUUCAAGGACGGUCUACCCAUCCGUCCGUCGCAGGCGGUGAACUUCAUCAACCAGCCGGGCGGCGUGAUCGGCCUCAGUAUCGACAGCUGCAAGCCCGAGGACGCUGGUGUCUAUACAUUGACGCUGGCCAAUAAGCUGGGAGAAGCCGAAUCUAAGGCUAAAGUUGAGGUCGGUCAGAAGGAGCGCAAGCCGGCGUUCCUGUCGCAGCUGCAGCCGACGAAGGUGAUCGAGGGCUUCCCACUUAAACUGGAGGUCAAGGUCGUCGGACACCCCGCGCCCACUGUUAAAUGGACACUAAACGGCAAGGAACUGAAGCCGGACGGCACCCACAUCCGUCUCGUCUCGCAGCCCGACGGAACUCACGCGCUACUCAUAGACGAGGCGCGAGCUGCUGACGCUGGCAAAUAUGGCGUGAUACUGACGAAUGACAAGGGCGAAGCCGCCAGCGAGGCCGAUGUUACUGUCGCUAGUCGCACGGACGACUCCUCCCCCCAGGAGCGUCCGCAGUUCAUCCACGGCCUGCGCGACGUCACGGUGGAAGAGGGGCAGCCGCUCGCGAUCACCGCCCCCUUCACCGGCAACCCCGUGCCGCAGGUCACGUGGACCAAGGACGGUGUGCCGCUCAAACCCAGCGACAAGAUGCUGCUGACGUGUGAUGGGAAGAGGGUUGGCAUUGAAAUCAAUCCCAUGGAGCUCCCCGACGCGGGAGUAUACGGCAUCAAGCUGGUGAACCCGCUAGGUGAGGACAGCACGGACGGCAAGAUCACCGUACGCAAGGUCUACCAGCCACCGCGCUUCCUGCAGACCUUCAGUGACUUGCAGCAGCUGCCAACAUUCGACGCGAAAUUCCCGGCGCGCGUGGUAGGCAUACCCUCGCCAGAAGUCACGUGGUUCAAGAACGACAUCCAAGUGCGUCACGGCGACAAGUACAACAUCCGCCGCGACGGCGACGCCGUCUGUCUGUACGUCCGCGACCUGGUGCCGGAGGACGCCGGGCAUUAUAAGUGCGUGGCGACGAAUAGAGAGGGCACUGUGUCUUGGUCUGCUAACUUGGAGGUGGUUGACAAGAUCGCCAAACGCCAGAAGAUCGAGCCACCAUCGUUCCUAAAGAAGAUCGGUGACGUGGAGGUGUUCCGCGGCCUGAGCGCCAAGUUCACCGCCUGCGCCACCGGCACGCCAGACCCCGACGUCGAGUGGUUCCGUAACGACGAGCGUCUAUACCCGUGCGAGCGCAUCCGUAUGGACAAAGAGAGCACGGGGCUGCUGCGGCUGACCAUCUCGGGCGUCGACCCCAGCGACGUCGGCACAUACCGCUGCCGCAUAUACAACGACCACGGCGACGCCGAGUGCAGCGCGCAGCUCACCUAUGACACUCUGGAGCCCCAGAAGGAGCGCAAGCCAAUAGCAGAACAGUACUCUGACUUCGACAAGAUGAAGCGCACGGGCGUGCCCAUGCCGCUGGCGGACCGCCCCAUCAUCAGCCGCAUGGCCGACCGACACCUGACGCUGUCCUGGAGACCGUCUAUCCCCCAUCAGCCGAGGUUCCCGGUUACUUACCAGGUGGAGAUGUGUGAAGUGCCGGACGGUGACUGGUUCACAGCUCGCACUGGUCUCAGAUCGUGCGUCUGUGACAUCCGCAACUUGGAGCCGUUCCGCGACUACAAGUUCAGGGUGCGCGUUGAGAACAAGUACGGCGUCAGCGACCCUUCGCCCUUCGCGAUCACCCACAGAGGCAAAUUAGAACCUGAUCCACCCAAGUUCGUGCCAUAUCUCGAACCGGGCAUAGACUUCAGGCCAGAGACUUCGCCCUACUUCCCUAAGGACUUCGAUAUCGAGCGUCCGCCCCACGAUGGGUACGCCCAAGCUCCGAAGUUCUUGAGGCAAGAGACGGACUCUCAAUACGGAGUGAAAGGACACAACGUGAAUCUCUUCUGGUUCGUGUACGGAUAUCCCAAGCCCAAGAUGACUUAUUUCUUUAACGAUGAACCCAUCGAGAUCGGAGGACGGUACGACUGGAGUUAUACUAGGAAUGGACAGGCCACGCUGUUUAUUAACAAGAUGCUCGAACGCGACGUGGGUUGGUACGAGGCCGUAGCUACCAACGAGCACGGCCAAGCGCGACAACGCGUACGGCUCGAGGUGGCGGAGUACCCGCACUUCAUACGCCGGCCUGAAGAGACGGCGGCCAUGUUGCGCCGCUCCGUGCGUCUCGAGGCGCGUGUCACUGGCGUACCGUAUCCGGACAUCAAGUGGUAUAAGGACUGGCAGCCGCUCGCGCCUUCCGCUAGGAUCAAGAUGCAAUUCAUCGAGCCAGACCUGGUGAUUCUGAUCAUCAACGACGUGAUCACGAAGGACGAGGGGUUAUACUCGGUGUCGGCGCGCAACGUCGCCGGUGCGGCCUCCGCAUCCGCCAUGCUGCAUGUCAUAGAGGACGAUCAUGAGUACGCUGACAGAAUGCGCGAGCACCCGCCCCGCAUCAAGGCUAGCUCCAAGCCGUUUGGUGACCUGUACGACCUGGGAGAUGAGCUCGGCCGCGGCGUGCAGGGUGUGGUCUACCACGCUGCUGAGAGGCUGACCGGUCGCAACUACGCGGCGAAGAUAAUGCACGGGCACUCGGAGCUGAAGCCGUUCAUGCGCAACGAGCUGGACAUCCUCAACCACCUGAACGACCGCCACCUGGUGCGGCUGCGCGACGCCUACGAGCGCGAGCACACGCUGGCGCUGGUGCUGGAGCUGGCCGCGGGUGGGGAGCUCGUCAGAGACCGUCUACUACGCAGCUCGGGCUACACGGAGCGCGAGAUCGCCGGCUACAUCCGCCAGAUGCUGCGCGGUCUACACCACAUGCACUCCAACAGCAUCGCUCAUCUUGGACUCACUAUCGGCGAACUCCUCCUCUCCCACGCGGGUAGCGACGAGCUGAAACUGUGCGACUUCGGGCUCUCCCGUCGUAUACAGUUCAACAAGCACGCCGCGCUCGACUACGGCACGCCCGAGUACGUCGCGCCCGAGGUCGCGCGCGGGGAGGGCGUGUCCUUCGCCGCGGACAUGUGGAGUGUGGGCAUCAUCACCUACAUACUGCUGAGUGGACGCUCGCCGUUCAGGGGACACAAUGAUAUGGAGACAUUGACAAGGAUCCGUGAAGGUAAAUGGGACUGGCACGACGAGGAGUGGUGGUCCCGCCUCAGCCUGGAGUCGCGGGACUUCAUCUCCAAGCUGCUGGUGGUGAACUGGCACGACAGGAUGGACGUCAACGCGGCCCUCAACCAUCCCUGGCUGAACCUCGCCGACAAGAUAUACAAGGACGAAUACGUCAUCACCACGGAUAGGCUGAGGAACUACUAUAACUUGUACAAGGACUGGAUGAGCAACGCUCAAUGCCGCACGUGGUUCCGGCGCCGGCCGCUGAGCGGCGCCUUCGAGCACCCCUCCAAAAUGGUCUACCCGCCCAACGAGACUUACACACCAGAAGCGACUCCGGAGCGUGAGCACGAUCCGAAGGACCGCAAGCCGAUGGAUAUCGGCUUCAAACAAUGGGACCACCCCGACUGGGAGGUCUCCGCCAAAUCAGAAAGCCACUACCAGAACGGUCCAGAUACGUACCUACUCCAGCUCCGCGACACCGACUUCCCCGUGCGCCUGCGCAACUACAUGAAGGUGGCGUGCGUGCGCUCGCCCGGGUACAGCCUCUCCGUACACGACACUUAUGAUCCCAGGACGCCGAUCAUCCACGAGCGCCGUCGCUUCACCGACAUCAUGGACGAGGAGAUCGACGACGAGCGGCGCGAGAGGAUCAACAACUACGGCACCGACAACUACACCAUCCGCCGCCUGCGACACGAGCUCGGCACCAGACUCGACAGCUACGCCGAGGCCCAGGCCCUCAUGGAGUCCAAGAAGGACGGCCAGCUGCCCUUCCUCCGCGAGAAACCCCAGGUCCUCCCCAUCCGGGAGGGCGACACCGCCCAGCUCACCUGCUUCGCCGUCGGCGACCCCAAACCCACCAUCCAGUGGUUCAAGAACGACAUGGUCAUCGCCGAGGGCCAGCGCAUCAAGAUAGUGGAAGACGAGGAGGGAAGAUCCACCCUCAAGUUCGAGCCGGCCAUGCACCACGAUAUAGGCUACUACAAGGUGGUGGCGAGGAACAAGGUCGGCCAGACCGUCGCCCGGACGAGAAUAGUCGAGGCAACGAUUCCCGACGCACCUGACAGUCCGACAGCUUCAGAAAUAUCAGACAAGGAGGUUCUUCUUCGGUGGACGCAGCCGAAAUACGACGGCAACUCCCCCGUGGUCUGCUACAGCCUCCAGUACAAGGAGGGCGACAGCGUCGAGUGGAAGACGGUCGCGGAGAACAUCGACCACGAGUUCUUCGUGGUGAGGGACCUCCAGCCCGACACCAGCUACCAGUUCAGACUGUCCUCCCGUAACAGAAUCGGCUGGAGCGACAAGGGUAUACCCACCAACCUGAUCAAGACCAAGCAGUCCGGGGCGCCGAGAAUCGAGGUGACCAAGGCGAUGAGACAUCUCCAGCAGAUAACGGAAUCCGGCCAGGAAAUAGUCCUAGAAGAAGACAAGCCUAAGUUGGACUACUCGACGGAGGAAAGUCCCUUAGAAUGGGAGACGUCUCAAAGCUUCACGGAUCGCUACAGCUUCGUGUCGGAGCUGUGGCGAGGGAAGUUCUCGAUCGUGGUCAAGGGCGUCGACAAGACGACGGACAGAGUGGUGGUAGCGAAGAUCCUGGAGUGCAAACCGGAAACGGAGGUGCAGGUGACCAGGGAAUACGAGUGCCUCAGGAAGUUGAGGCACGAGAGGAUAUCGAACCUCAUAGCUGCAUACCAAUCGCCGGGCUCGCAGAUCGCUGCGUUAGUCCAGGAGAAAUUGCAGGGCGCAGAUAUUCUCACAUACCUGUCCAGUCGCCAUGACUAUACGGAACAGAUGGUAGCGACUAUCGUCACUCAAAUACUAGACGGUCUUCAGUACCUGCACUGGCGGGGGUGGUGCCACCUGGACCUGCAGCCUGAUAACGUGGUGAUGGCCUCAGUCAGAUCCAUACAAGUCAAGCUGAUCGACUUCGGCUCCGCGCAUAAAGUCACAAAGUUGGGAACCAGCGUACCACAAGUUGGAGAAUUGGAAUAUAAAGCGCCGGAGAUAAUCAACGACGAGCCGGCGUACCCUCAGACGGACAUCUGGUCAGUGGGCGUGCUGGCCUACAUCAUGCUGUCCGGCGUCUCGCCCUUCCGCGGCGACUCGCCCGCCGAGACCAAACAGAACAUCUCCUUCGUGAGAUACCGCUUCGAACAUCUCUAUAAGGAGAUCACGCAGGAGGCGACCCGGUUCCUGAUGUGGGUGUUCAAGAAAGUGCCCCUGAAGCGGCCGACGGCGGAGGAGUGUCACGAGCACCGCUGGCUCGCCACCUCCGACUUCAUCGUGCGCAAGCGCGAGCGGGCCGUCUUCCUCGGCAACAGGCUUAAGGAAUUCUCCGAGGAAUACCACGCGAGGAAAGCCCAGGAGGCGUCUGACGCUGACACCGUGGGUGCCGCCUUCGGCCACCUGCGGCAGCUCGCCCGCUCCAACAGCAUACAGGACGAGCUGCUCACCACCUCGCCCGCCGGCAAGAUCUUCCACCAGCAGCUGUAGCAUACACCAUCCAGAAUCGGCAUGAGCGGAAGAACCACGUAACUAACAAAAAACUACAGUUUUUUUUGUAUUGGCUAAAAAUAAUUUGAAAUAACAAAAAUUGGGAUUCUUUGUUCAGCUAUAAUAUAUACUAGCCAAAUGAUAAGUUACAAGUUUUGUUCAAAUUAUAAGGGAAAAUAUGAGUAAUCGUCCGUGUUUUUAAAUGUUAGUUAUCGGGUUUUUCCACUCACAUCUUCAAUUAUAAAAAACCUCCUACCGUAAAACCAUGAUAUUUGAUUAUCUUCUCUCGACAUGACUGACUGAUUGCUAAUGAAGGAUUACUAUGUAGAGCUUGUCUAAUUAGAAAUGACGCGGCCCACCACUUCACUAGCUGAUGAAAAAUUUUGUACUGUGAAUACGAGGGAGGAGCGGGUCAUUUUAAGUUAGACAAGCUCUACCAAUAUCGAUAGCAAAGUGAUUAUCAAGUAUUAGUUAAAUGGUUUUACUGUAUGACAACUAAGGGUAGUUAAUAAGUAUGUCCAUCCGUCUAUCCUCCCCUUUAAGUCCAUCCAAAUUAAAAUACGAAUUGAGUAUAAAAUUGUGUUGGGAAGGCUGCCCCUUCUAUCCAUCACAUAAUUGCACAAAAAUGCAAGUGGGUUGAUUAAUAAUAUUAUACCAUCGUACUAUAGUUAUCGUAUACGUACGGAAAAAAUCUAAAAUUAGUCCUAACGAAAAACAUGGCAUUUGAAAAAAAAGGACAAAAACAUUUAAUCCUUGACCGAGUUGUAAAGUCUAUAAUAUUGAUUAGUAAAACAAAUUUUACUAAUUUACUAUAUUAUGACUUCAUAAUUUAGCUCCGAGCAAACAUUUUACUGGUGGUCGUGAUACGUAGUUUUAACCGACUUCCGAAAAAAGGAGGUUCCUAGUUUACACCAACAUCACAAUGUCCAAAAUGACUGUUACCAUUUUAUCCUGUGAUCUAAGUUAUUAUGUAUUUAUUGAUUUUCUUAAUUCAUGUUGUUGCAUUAUUUUCUAGUCAAAAAAAAUAUUGUUAUUGAUUUGUAUAAACAAUUUUUUUACUAUUUACUACUGAUAAAUUGCUUCAAACCAUUGAAGUGAAUAAAUGGCAUUGAUUUGCUGAA